AUGGCAGAGUCGAUCACCGAGGGAACCCUCAACCAAUUUAGCAAACAGGUCGGCGACUUUAUCGAGCUGGACGAGGAGCUUGCAACCAUAGAAACGGACAAGAUUGAUGUAUCUGUGAACGCACCCCAAGCAGGGGUGAUUCAGCAGUUGCUUGUCGGCGAAAGAGAUACAGUCACAGUCGACCAGGCCAUUGCAGAGAUCCAGCCAGGAGAACAGCCAGCUAAGAAUGAGAGCAAAAGUAGCACCGAGGAAGAGCCAAACCCUAAGCCAGAAGCACCGCAGCCUGCAAAGGGAGAAUCCGUUGAGCCUUCCAGCUCGCCUCCACAGCCCCCGCCGCCAGUGAACUCGACUCCAGAGCACAAAGAGGUCUCCCAGCCUGCACCAGCUACUACAUCGACUACACAACAGCCUCUUUCUUGGGGCUUCAGACCGAGUCGCGUGGAAGAAAGGGUCAAAAUGAUUCGAAUCCGACAACGUACAGCCCAGAAAUUGAAAGAAUCGCAAAACACAGCUGCAUUCCUGACCACGUUCAACGAAGUCGACAUGACGCGCAUCAUUGAAUGCCGCAAGAAAAACCAGGAUGCGGUUCUGGAAAAACGCGGGGUGAAGCUAGGGUUCAUGGGCUCCAUGGCUCGCGCCUCCUCUUUGGCACUCAAAGAAAUACCAUCGGUCAAUGCCUCGAUCAAGAACAAUGAUACUAUCGUGUAUCGCGACUAUGUGGAUCUCAGUGUUGCUGCAGCCAUUCCCAAGGGCCUUGUCACCCCUGUUCUUCGGAAUAUCGAGUCGAUGAGCAUUAUGCAGAUUGAGAAGGGUAUUGGGGAGUUGGUCAAAAAGGCCCGCGAUGGCAAACUCACCAUGAAUGAUCUGACCGGGGGUAGUUUCACGAUCAGUAACAGCGGUAUCUGGGGCUCCUUAUUCGGAACUCCGAUUCUCAACACGCCUCAGACUGCUGUGCUGGGAACAUAUGGGAUCCAGGAUCGGCCAGUAGCAGUGGAUGGCCGGGUGGAGAUUCGCCCAAUGAUGUAUAUUGCUUUGACGUAUGAUCAUCGCAUCGUUGAUGGCCGGGAAGCAGUGAGAUUUUUGAAUCUGGUCAAGAAGUAUCUACAGGAUCCAGAGACUAUGCUUCUUGAGUGA